CCUGUUAGCCUCUGCUCCACGCCAUCCCCUUGUCCUUGGGUGGUCACCAGCACGGGCUUCGCCGGACAGAUACGACUAUUGCUCUGGAAGAACUGGACCCUGCGGAAAAGGCAAAAGAUUCGCUUUGUGGUGGAACUCGUAUGGCCUUUAUCUUUGUUUCUGGUCUUGAUCUGGUUGAGGAAUGCCAACCCGCUCUACAGUCAUCAUGAAUGUCAUUUUCCCAACAAGGCGAUGCCCUCAGCAGGAAUGUUGCCAUGGCUCCAGGGGAUUUUCUGCAAUGUGAACAAUCCUUGUUUUCAAAGCCCCACCCCAGGAGAAUCUCCAGGAAUUGUGUCAAACUACAACAACUCCAUCUUGGCAAGAGUGUAUCGAGAUUUUCAAGAACUCCUCAUGAAUGCACCAGAAAGCCAGCACUUUGGCCAGAUUUGGAUAGAGCUCCGCACCUUAUCCCAGCUCAUGGACACCCUGCGGACUCACCCUGAAAGAAUUGCAGGACGAGGAAUACGCAUUCGGGAUAUCCUGAAAGAUGAAGAGACACUGACUCUAUUUCUUAUUAAAAACAUUGGCCUGUCCAGCUCAGUUGUCCACCUGCUGGUCAACUCCCAAGUCCGUGUGGAACAGUUUGCUCACGGAGUUCCAGACCUGGUGCUGAAGGACAUCGCCUGCAAUGAAGUACUCCUAGAGCGCUUCAUCAUCUUUGGCCAGCGUCAUGGGGCAUGGGCUGUGCGUGACGCCCUGUGUUCCCUCUCCCAGGGGACCCUACAGUGGAUAGAAGACACUUUGUAUGCCAAUGUGGACUUCUUCAAGCUCUUCCAUGUGCUUCCUACACUCCUAGACAGCAAUUCUCAAGGCAUCAACCUGAGAUCCUGGGGAAAAAUAGUAUCUGAUCUAUCUCCAAGAAUUCAAGGAUUUAUCCAUCAGCCAAGUGUUCAAGACCAGCUGUGGGUGACCAGACCUCUCCUGCAAAAUGGUGGUCCACAGACCUUCACACAGCUGAUGAGCAUCCCGUCGGACCUUCUGUGUGGGUACCCAGAGGGAGGGGGCUCUCGGGUGUUCUCCUUCAACUGGUAUGAAGACAAUAACUACAAGGCCUUCCUAGGGAUCGACUCUACCAGGAAAGAUCCUCUCUAUUCUUAUGACAAAGGAACAACCGCCUUUUGUAAUGCAUUGAUCCAGAGCCUGGAGUCAAACCCUUUAACCAAAAUAGCCUGGAGGGCAGCGAAGCCCUUACUGAUGGGAAAAAUCAUCUUUACUCCUGACUCCCCUGCAGCCCAAAGGAUACUAAAGAACGCCAACUCAACUUUUGAAGAACUAGCACGUCUCAGGAAGCUGGUCAAAGCCUGGGAGGAAGUAGGACCCCAGAUCUGGUAUUUCUUUGAAAGCAGCACACAGAUGACUAUGAUCAGAGACACCCUGGAACACCCAACUGUAAAAGACUUUUUGAAUAGACAUGUUGGUGAAGAAGGUAUCACUGCUGAGAUCCUGCUGAACUUCCUCUAUAAGGGUCCUCCAGAGAAUCGGGCUGAUGGUAUGACCAACUUUGACUGGAGAGACAUAUUUAAUAUCACUGACCGUUCCCUCCGCCUGGUUAAUCAGCACCUGGAGUGCCUGGUCCUGGAUAAGUUUGAAAGCUAUGAUGAUGAAAUUCAGAUCACCCAAAGAGCCCUCUCCCUGCUGGAGGAAAACAGAUUCUGGGCUGCUGUGGUAUUCCCCGACAUGUAUCCCUGGACCAGCUCCCUACCACCCCAUGUGAAGUACAAGAUCCGGAUGGAUAUAGAUGUAGUGGAGAAAACCAAUAAGAUCAAAGACAGGUACUGGGAUUCUGGCCCCAGGGCAGAUCCUGUGGAAGAUUUCCGGUACAUCUGGGGAGGCUUUGCCUAUCUGCAGGACAUGGUUGAGCAGGGGAUCACAAGGAGUCAGGCCCAGGUGGAAGUUCCAGUAGGAGUCUAUCUCCAGCAAAUGCCUUACCCCUGCUUCGUAGAUGACUCUUUUAUGAUCAUCCUGAACCGCUGUUUCCCUAUCUUCAUGGUGCUGGCAUGGAUCUACUCCGUCUCCAUGACUGUAAAGGGCAUCGUUUUGGAAAAGGAGUUGAGGCUGAAGGAAACAUUGAAAAACCAGGGUGUCUCCAAUGCAGUGAUUUGGUGUACCUGGUUCCUGGACAGCUUCUCUAUCAUGUCCAUGAGCAUCUUUCUCCUGAUGAUAUUCAUCAUGGUAAGCCAAAUGGAAAAGUGCUUCCUGCUCAGCACCUUCUUCUCCAAGGCCAGCCUGGCAGCAGCCUGCAGUGGCGUCAUCUACUUCACCCUCUAUUUGCCGCACAUCCUGUGCUUUGCCUGGCAGGACCGAAUGACCGCAGAGCUGAAGAAGGCUGUGGUGAGAGCCUGGGGCUCACCCUGGCAUUAUUGCCUUUGGAGGGUCUGUGGCAGCCCAGCCUGCUCUCUGAGAAAGUCUGCUUUACCUUUUGGCUCCAAAGAACAUAAGACUAAAAGCUGGCUUCUGGUUGGUGCAGGGUGUUCAACCAGAGAAGAGAGGGCCCUGGAAAAGACUGAACCCAUAACAGAGGAAAUGGAGGAUCCAGACCACCCAGGAGGAAAGAAUGACUCCUUCUUUGAACGUGAGCUUCCAGGGCUGGUUCCUGGGGUAUGUGUGAAGAAUCUGGUAAAGAUCUUUGAGCCUGGAACCCGACCAGCAGUGGACCGUCUAAACAUCACCUUCUAUGAGAACCAGAUCACCGCCUUCCUAGGUCACAAUGGAGCAGGGAAAACCACCACCUUGUCCAUCUUGACAGGUCUAUUGCCGGCGACAUCAGGGACUGUGCUCAUUGCGGGAAAGGACAUUGAAACAAGCCUGGAUGCAAUCCGUCAGAGCCUCGGCAUGUGUCCACAGCACAACAUCCUGUUCCACCACCUCACAGUGGCUGAGCACAUCCUCUUCUAUGCCCAGCUGAAAGGCAAGUCCUGGGAGGAGGCCCAGCUGGGGAUGGAAGCCAUGUUAGAGGAUACAGGCCUCCACCACAAGAGGAAUGAAGAAGCACAGGAUCUUUCAGGUGCUUGGUGUUGGAAGGUGACAGGGCCAAGGAUGGCACAUCCAUUGCUUCUCAGUGCACCUAGGAGGCCAGGAUUGGGGAAACUGGAGGAAUUGGGAAUAGAGUUGAACUCAAUCUUUUUUCAUGUGCUAGGCGAUGUGAACGAGCUGAUGGAUGUGGUUUGCCACCAUGUUCCAGAGGCAAAGCUGGUGGAAUGCAUUGGUCAGGAACUCAUCUUCCUACUUCCAAAUAAGAAUUUCAAGCAGAGAGCAUACGCCAGCCUUUUCAGGGAGCUGGAGGAGACGCUGGCUGACCUGGGGCUCAGCAGUUUCGGCAUUUCUGACACUCCCCUGGAAGAGAUUUUUCUGAAGGUCACAGAAGAUUCUGAUUCAGGACCUCUGUUUGCUGAUGGCACUCAGACAAAAAGGGAACAUGCCAGCAUGCGACAUCCCUGUUUGGUUCCUAGUGAGAAGGCCCAGCAGGCUGCCCAGAGCUCCAGCACCUGCUCCCCAGUGCAGCCUCCCCUGGAGCCACAAGACAGGGGCACAGUGCUCAACACUGGUCUGCGGCUAGUCCUCCAGCACGUUCAGGCGCUGCUGAUCAAGCGGUUCCACCACGCCACUCGCAGCCGAAAGGACUUCCUGGCCCAGAUGGUGCUCCCAGCCACUUUUGUGUUCUUGGCUCUUGUGCUUUCCAUCAUUGUGCCUCCUUUUGGUGAAUACCCUGCCUUGACCCUCCACCCCUGGAUAUAUGGGCAGCAGUACACCUUCUUCAGCAUGGAUGAGCCUGGCAGCAAGCAUCUUCAGGUACUGGCAGACGUCCUCCUGAACAAGCCAGGUUUUGGCAACCGCUGCCUGAAGGAAGAGUGGCUUCUGGAAUACCCGUGUGGCAAUUCAACCCCCUGGAAGACUCCCUCAGUGUCCCCGAACAUCACCCACCUGUUCCAGAAGCAAAAAUGGACACCAGCCAAUCCCUCACCCUCCUGCCAGUGCAGCACCAGAGAGAAGCUCACCAUGCUACCUGAGUGCCCCGAGGGUGCCGGGGGGCUCCCACCCCCACAGAGAAUACAGCGCAGCACUGAAAUCCUACAAAACCUUACGAACAGGAACAUUUCCGACUACUUGGUAAAAACGUAUCCAGAUCUUAUAAGAAACAGGUUAUCAUCUGUUAUCAAUGCCCUUGAAAACGCCCAUGAACUCUUAAGUUCCUUGCUUGGAUCUGAGGAUUCCUUGUUGCCUUGUAGAUAUGGAGGAAUUUCCAUUGGAGGAAAACUCCCAGUGCUCCUCAUCACUGGGGAAGAUCUUGUUGGAUUUUUAAGUGAACUUGGCCAGAUGAUGAAUGUGAGCGGGGGCCCUGUCACCAGAGAGGCCUCUAAAGAAAUGUCUGAUUUCCUUAAAUAUCUUGAAACUGAAGACAACAUUAAGGUGUGGUUUAACAACAAAGGCUGGCAUGCCCUGGUCAGCUUUUUGAAUGUGGCCCACAAUGCCAUCUUGCGGGCCAGUCUGCACAAGGACAGGAACCCCGAGGAGCAUGGAAUCACCGUCAUCAGCCAGCCACUGAACCUCACAAAGGAGCAGCUCUCUGAGAUCACAGUCCUGGAACUGUUUAGACAGAUGAAGUCAACCCCAGACCCUAAGAUCUGGAGGAUCCUGGUUCCAUCCCUCAUUGUACAGACCAUGAAACAGGUCCUAGUUGUUCAUGACUUGCUAUCUUCUCUGUUCAAGAUAAAUUAUGCAGUGAGUGCAGGACUGGUGGUGGGCAUCUUCGUGGGGUUUCAGAAGAAAGCCUACACAUCCCCAAGCAAUCUUCCUGCCCUUGUUGCUCUGCUCAUGCUGUAUGGAUGGGCAGUCAUUCCCAUGAUGUACCCAGCAUCCUUCCUGUUUGACGUCCCCAGCACAGCCUAUGUGGCUUUGUCUUGUGCUAAUCUAUUCAUCGGCAUCAACAGCAGUGCCAUCACCUUCAUCUUGGAAUUAUUUGAGAGUAACCGGACGCUACUCAGGUUCAACGCCAUGCUGAGGAAGCUGCUCAUUAUCUUCCCCCACUUCUGCCUGGGCCGGGGCCUCAUUGACCUGGCUCUGAGUCAGGCUGUGACGGACGUCUAUGCCCGGUUUGGUGAGGAGCACUCCCCAAAUCCAUUCCAGUGGGACCUGAUUGGGAAGAACCUGAUUGCCAUGGCAGCAGAAGGGGUGGUGUACUUCCUCUUGAACCUCCUCGUCCAGAAACACUUCUUCUUCACCAGAUGGAUUGCCGAGCCCCCCAGGGAGCCUAUUGUUGAUGAAGAUGAUGAUGUGGCUGAAGAGAGACAAAGAAUUACUAGUGGUGGAGAUAAAACUGAUAUCUUAAGGCUAAAUCAACUCACCAAGGUUUAUUCAGGCUCCUCCAGCCCAGCAGUGGACAGGCUAUGUGUUGGAAUCCGUCCUGGUGAGUGCUUUGGUCUCCUGGGAGUGAAUGGUGCAGGCAAAACAACCACAUUCAAGAUGCUCACAGGGGAUACCACAGUAACAUCAGGCGAUGCCACUAUAGCAGGCAAGAGUAUUUUAACCAAUAUUUCUGAAGUCCAUCAAAAUAUGGGCUACUGUCCUCAGUUUGAUGCAGUUGAUGACCUGCUCACGGGCCGAGAACACCUCUACCUUUAUGCCCGGCUUCGGGGUGUACCAGCAAAAGAAAUUGAGAAGGUUGCAAACUGGAGCAUCCAGAGCCUGGGCCUGUCUCUCUAUGCUGAUCGUUUGGUGGGCACAUACAGUGGGGGCAAUAAGCGGAAGCUCUCCACAGCCAUGGCACUCAUCGGCUGCCCACCUCUGGUGUUGCUGGAUGAGCCCACCACCGGAAUGGAUCCUCAGGCGCGACGCAUGCUGUGGAACACCAUUGUGAGCAUCCUCAGAGAAGGGAGAGCCGUGGUCCUCACCUCUCACAGCAUGGAGGAGUGUGAGGCACUGUGUACCCGGCUAGCCAUCAUGGUGAAGGGCACCUUUCAGUGUCUGGGCACCAUUCAGCACCUCAAAUACAAGUUUGGAGAUGGCUACAUUGUCACAAUGAAAAUCAAAUCCCCAAAGGAUGACUUGCUUCCUGACCUGAAUCCCGUGGAACAGUUCUUCCAGGGGAACUUCCCUGGCAGUGUGCAGAGGGAGAGGCAUUACAACAUGCUCCAGUUCCAGGUCUCUUCCUCCUCCCUGGCCAGGAUCUUCCAGCUGCUCCUCUCCCACAAAGACAGCCUAUUCAUCGAGGAGUACUCAGUCACACAGACCACACUGGAUCAGGUGUUUGUGAACUUUGCUAAUAAACAGCAGACGGAACCUCAUGACCUUCCUUUGCAUCCUCGAGCUGCUGGAGCCAGCCAAAAAGCCAAGGCCUGAUAUCCUUCAGCACUGCUCUUCCCUACGGCUGAAAGGAACGCGGGACUGCAGGAGCCUUUGCCCAUGUGGUCAUCCAAAAGAAACUGAACCACUAAGCAGCAAACAAACAUACAAGGAGCACAGUGAACUCAGGAGGAGGCUCUUUCAGAAGGAAACCAGAGGGAUAGUUCACCUGCAACACCUGAGGGUGAAACUGACCCCACCAAACAAUAGAAUAACCUUUCCAUCCAGACCAUGGGAGUAGAAUCCCAGUCCAACCUGCCAUACCUUUAGCCUCAAUAUCACUCUUAUUUCAAGUGAAUCUGCUUCUGUGUAUGUGUGGUGUGUGGAUGGUGAGUUAAGUUUAAUUUUCAAGGAGAAAUAAAAUGCAGUCUAAUCACAAAUCACCCUA